CUUACUGUGGCUGAAUAAGGGGCAGCUCUCACAGUCACAAUGCUCCCGGGUCACAGAGGUGCCGCCCCGGGCCAGCCUCUGCCUGGAAAGUCGCUCUGGGAACAUCUGGUGGGUACUGCGGGUCUUACUCCCGGCCCUAUGGCCUAUAGAACCUCAUCCCUGGGGGAAGGUUGGGCUGGACAUAAUCAUUCCCUAUGACAUCAGCCCCAUGGAUGAGGUAGCAUGGAUACACAGACAUCCCAAGGCCGAGGACUUAAGGGUUGGACUCAUCAGCUGGGCAGGAACCUACCUCACCUUUGAGACUUACAAGAGUAUAGUCACCACUACUGCAAAGAGUUUGGGCAGAAGACAGACCUGGGAGCUCCUGGUGAGUAAUGAGCACGAGACACAGGCCGUGGUGCGUCUGAGGAGCCUGCAGGGCCUCUACCUACUGUGUGAGGGGGAUGGCACCGUGUGCUACGGCCGGCCGAGGACCAGCCACCACGGGUGUUUCCUGCUCCGUUUCCACCAGAACUGCAAGUGGACUCUCCAGUGCCUAAUCUCUGGCCGCUAUCUGGAGUCCAAUGGCGAGGAUGUGUUCUGCAACUCACGGGUCCUCUCAGCUUACCACAUGUGGACCCCUCGACUGGCCCUGCACGUCCACGUGAUCCUCUACAGCCCCAUCCACCGCUGCUAUGCCCGGGCCGACCUCACUAUGGGCCGCAUCUGGGUGGACGCGGCUGUCCCCUGCCUGGAGGAAUGUGGCUUCCUGUUGCAUCUCCGAGAUGAAUGCUACCACCUGGAGACCUCCACACACCACUUCUUGUCCCAUGUAGACCGGCUGGUCUCCCAACCAUCCUCCCAGACAGCUUUCCACAUGCAAGUACGGCCUGGAGGGCUUGUGGCUCUGUGUGACGGAGAGGGAGGCAUGUUAUAUCCACAAGGCACACAUCGGCUCCUGGGCCUGGGCUCCAAUCCCGUGAGAGGCGAGGAGUGGUUCAUCCUACGGCACUGCCCCACCUGGGUCAGCCUCAGGUCAAAGAUGCGGAGGUUCAUCUCAGUCGUCUACGAUACUGAGGUGUAUGCUGCCUCUGAGCGCCUAACUCCAAUGUCCUUGUUCCAGUUUGAAUGCGACAGUGAGAGCCACACCUUGCAGCUUCGUUCAACCAAUGGCCACUACCUAGCCCAGAGGCACCACAGGACAGUGAUGGCUGAUGGGCACCCCAUGGAGUCUGACACCCUCUUCCGUGUGCACUGGAAUUGUGGUAGGAUCAGCCUUCAGUCCUCCCAUGGGCGCUUCCUGACCAUUGCAGCCAAUGGCCUGCUGAUGGCCAAUGCCAGCCUUCCAGGCCCAAAUGAGGAGUUUGGGAUUCGGCUAGCCAACCGCCCCUUCCUUGUAUUGCGAGGUCGCUAUGGGUACGUGGGCUCCUCCUCAGAUCAUGACCUCAUACGAUGCAAUCUGGAUCAGCCCGACUGCAUUCACCUGCUGCCUUGCCACCAGGGCAUCUACCACUUCCAGGCACAGGGUGGAUCCUUCUGGUCAAUAUCAUCCUUUGGCACCUUUCGCCCUUGGGGAAAGUUUGCCCUCAACUUUUGUAUAGAGCUUCAGGGAAGCAACUUGCUCACCGUGCUGGCGCCCAAUGGCUUCUACAUGCGAGCUGACCGAAGCGGCACUCUUUUGGCAGACAGCGAAGGAAUUACCAAAGAGUGUAUCUGGGAAUUUUAGGUCAAUGGGAUGCCACCUACCAAAACCCAAAUUCUCCAGGGAAAACUACUGCACUAAACAACAGGAACCCCAGAGUCAAGAUCCAAGAAAAGAAUAUGUUACACAAUUCUUCCUACCCAGUUUAGUAAAACACCUGUUUCAAACAACAAUACUUGAAACAAUACAGGCCACCCCCAA